CAGAAACACAGAUGAUGCUGUUACAACACUAUUCACUGGGUUGAAAAAGAACUGAAAAGAAGAGCAGAAACAAAACUGGAAUCUUAGAACUUGCAUCAAGCCACAUGGAGUAUAUUAACAGACCAACAGCUGGCGUGACCAUAUGACAUCAACAGGAACCAUCUAUGGCAUAACAGUUUCUUACUAGGGUCGCAGGAUCUGUACAGCUGUAUACAAUGGAAUAUGCCAAGAAAUCUCUGGAUGUGUUCUCACCAGCCUCCCUUUCCAAGUAACUGUACAUUAUGUUGUCCUUUAUGUGAUAUUUUUUAUUUGAUGAGUAGAUCAUCAUUAGAUUAUACUUCUUUAUGUGUGUGUUUGUGUAUACAGGUUUUGCUAUACUUAUGAGGCCAAAAUAUCCUCAAUAUUCUCAUUAAUGCAGUAAAACCCGUCGAACAGGGACUUGUGAGGCAGAUCUCAGUAGUAAAAAGAAAAAUGUUCAGUUUUAAAUCUGCUGAUGUGCACAGCCAGGUGUGUGUGUGUGUGUGUGAGUGUGUGUGUGUGUGUGUCUGUGUGUGUGCGUGUGUCUGUGUGUGAGAGAGAACGGUGAUCCAAUCUCCGACCCCCAGAAACAGGUUUGCAGAUUUGCUGAGCAUUUCUGUGAGGUCCUGGGGAGGGGAAGUCCCUCAGCCUGGAAAACAUUGUGGGACAAAGUGAGGAUGACCCUGCUGGGGCUGCGGUGCCACAAAUAUAGUGUGUAUGUAUGUACAAAUAUUGGAGGAAGAAGUCACUCCCUGUGGGUGGCUGGCUGAGGUGCCAUCUUUGGAGGAAGUACUGAAGGCGAACCGGAGCCUGAGACCAGGAAAGGCACCGGGCAGAGAUGAUCUCCCCAGUGAAAUGCUGAGGGAGGGUGGCGUUUGUGCACAGACUGCCCUACAUGACAUCAUAGCAACAUUCUGAACCACUGGGCAGGUUCCGCAGGACUGGAAGGAUGCCCUGGUGGUCCCUCUCUUUAAAAAGGGGGACCGCUCAGAUUCUAACAACUAUAGGGGCAUCUCACUCCUCAGUGUGCCAGGAACGAUCCUGGCAAGGAUUAUUCAACAUCGCCUUGCCAGGCACGCUGAGGAGAUGCUUGUGGAUCCCCAGUGUGGUUUCAGGAAGGGGCGGUCUUGCACGGAUGCCAUAUUCUCUGUCCGUCUGCUACAGCAGAGGUGUAGGGAAUUCCAGCAAGACCUACAUCUCUGCUUUAUUGACCUGGUCAAGGCCUAUGAUACCAUCAGUGGGCCUGGGCUCUGGGUUGUUCUUCAUGCUUUCGGAGUCCCAGACCCACUGCUCGCGAUCAUUAAGGACCUUCAUGAUGGCGAGCGGGCCCGGGUAAAACUACGUGGCCGGGAGCCAGAGGACAUCCCUGUCGCACUCCCAGGUAGUUUUACCCGGGCCCGCUCACCAUCAUGAAGGUCCUUAAUUAUUUAAUAUCUAUUUUGACCACGUGGUUCGUGAAGCCUUCAAUGGCUGUACUGGAGGAAUUUCCAUUGGGUACAGAUAUAAUGGGAGGUUGAUCGAUGCCCGGGUGCGGUCAAGGGAUGGCUCCCUAUUGGUCAACCACAUUAUGUAUGCUGAUGAUCUGGUGAUUGCUGCUCACUCAGAGGAGGAGUUGGAGGCGCUGCUGAUGAACCUGGAGCUUGCCACUAAGAGAUGGGGCCUUACCAUCAGCCCAACCAAAACUAAGCACCUGCCUGGGUAUUAUGUACCAUUGGACACUCCACCCCCACAGCUCCCAAUUGGUGAUGGGGCAGUUGUGGAGAGAGUGGAAUGUUUUCCAUACCUGGGAAGUGUGCUUAUGACCACCUCCGGUUUGACAGCAGAGGUCUCACUCCGAAUCAGUCGAGCAACAUUAUCUUGCGUAACGCUGUGUGGAAGCUACCCGGUUUGUCACUCCGCACGAAGUGGUAGCUUCAGGUAUUCUCGGCCACGGUCAUUCCCUCCCUUCUCUAUGCUUGUGUGGACCCCCCUAAUGGAACAUCUUUGCCGGUUAGAAACAUUUAGGCUGGCCUGCCUAAGAUCCAUCCUGGGUUUAACCAGGCUGGAUUAUGUGAGGAGUUCACAAAUCUUUGAAAUAUGUGGACAAAGUCCCAUCGGUGAGCUCCUCCGGCAGGCAAGGUUGCGUUGGCUGGGUCAUGUAGCCCGCAUGCCCGGCAACCGCAUGCCUAAACAGCUUUUGUUCGGCCGGAUAGAGGGGGCUAAGCGAGUGCAGCACGGGCUGGAGAAGAGAUGGAGUGAUGUGGUACAGGAGGAUCUGGAGCUGAGUGGACUUGCCGCUGACUGGUACCAGCAGUGUCAAGAUCAGUCUCUCUGGAGGAGGCUUGUGAAGGAUGCUGCUGGCCAGUUGGAGGCAGUCGCCCUCCAACAACAACGGAGGGCAGAGGAGCGACACUCACAACAAUGAGCAGAGCGCCGGGUGGCUAACGCACAGCAAGUUGGCACAGUAGUGGGCACAGGUGGUGCAUCAGCCAGUCAUCUCAGUCAAUCAACCCGUGUCUCCUGUUGGAUCUGUCCGGUGACCUCCUGCCAGCGUGUGUUCGACACUUCACGUGGCCUUAACGUGCACAUAGUGUGAGUUUGUGUGUGUGUGAGAGAGAGAGUGUGUGUGCUGUGUGUUUGUGAGAGAGAUGUGUGUGUGUGUGUGUGU